GCAACAGUGAGCCAGUAGAUGGAACCGGUUGACAGAAUUGUUUGGUGUUCCGUUACGGUGAUGUCCGAGUGUUCAUUGUACUGUGUUGUUCUGUGCCGUAUCAAUUCGUUGAAAAAUCUGCAAGGAAGUCGCCUAUCGGCGGCACUUAUCACCACCUCCGGCAACGACAACGUGGAUUGAGUGUAAUUAGCUGGCAGUGUGUGGUGCUGUGGUGCAGGAGACGAUGAGGGCCGGGGGGAUAAUUCGGGUGGCGACUUGAGGGUAGAAAUGUUGAAAUUUGGCAGCAAGAGUGACGUUACAGUGGUGCAUCGCGCCACUAUUCGACUCCUCGACGAUGCUGAAAUAAUUCACUGCGACUUUCAGGUAAGUUUAACAUUGAGUCUUAACCCUCGUCGGCUUCGUAGAAGGUGGUGACAAGGUCCGUUCUGACCCCCACAACACAAAGGAAGGUAUAUCCUCGAAUAUGUAUGCAAACAACUCAAUAUUUUGGAAACGGAUUAUUUUGGACUUCGUUACGUGGAUCACUGUAGGCAGAGGCAUUGGUUAGACUUGGCAAAAACGGCGAUUAAACAAGUAAAAGACAUGGACCCGAUUCUGUUUAGCUUUCGCGUGAAAUUCUAUCCACCGGAUCCUCUGAGGCUAAAGGAAGAAAUAACUAGGUAUCAAAUAUACCAGCAGCUGAAAAGGGACCUCCUUCAUGGACGACUUUACUGCAGUCCGGGUGAAGCUGCGCUGCUGGCAGCGUGCGUCGUGCAAAGCGAAUUGGGUGAUUAUGAUCCGGAAAUUCAUGAAGGGAACUAUAUAUCCGAGCACAAAUUAUUACUUAAGCAAACGGAGGCUAUCGAGGAGAAGGCUAUGGAACUGCAUCAAACACAAUUAAAGGGGUUCACAUCAGAACAAGCGGAAACUCAUUUUCUUAGAUUAGCUUCACAACUGGAUACCUAUGCUGUUGAUCCACAUCCAGUUAAGGACCAGAAAGGUGCACAACUAUAUCUUGGCAUAAAUCAUUGCGGGAUUUUAACGUUUCAAGGAUCCCGAAAAACACAUCAUUUCCGCUGGCCGGAUGUGCAGAAAAUCAACUACGAGGGGAAAAUGUUUAUUGUACAUUUAACGAUAAGUGAGGACGUGAGAACGAAGAAAAAGCACACUGUUGGGUUUAAGUGUCCCACGGGAUCGAACUGCCGCCACGUAUGGAGAUGCGCCAUCGAGCAAAUGUUAUUUUUCACAUUACCCAGAGCAUCGGACGCACCGGUUGUAAGCGGUGGAUCUAUAUUCUCAUGGGGUACGAAGUUCAAAUACACCGGAAGAACCGAGAAGGAAGUACUGGAAGAAACGGGUCCAUUGCGAAAAGAAGAACCACCUAUACAGCGUUGUCAAACGACGUGUCUUAGAAGAAAGGCUAGCAGUGUACCAGCAACACCAAGUACACCUAGUCAAGAUCUCGUUGAAAUAAGAUACUCCAGCUUACCACGUAGCUGUCAUAGCGCAGGUUUAGAUGGUGCUGGAAUGUCAGAAAGCAGUACUGGUAUUCCAUUUAGUUCACCUUACUGUCCGGAUAAUACCUUACCACCUCUGGAAACUGUAUCGGAGGACCAAGAAAUUCAUGCUAGGAGAAACAAUGCUGUAGACGAAAAUGAUACGCAUGCGAGUGCCACCCACAACACCACAACCACCACCAUUACCACUACUACCACCACCACCACCUCGAACACCAUCACAAAUCGUGCUAAAGUUAGAUCGAAAUAUCCAAAGAGCACGUUGAACCGACCUCAACCGUUGUACAGUCAAAAAAUAGUGAUAAGCUCGGAGGAAUUAGUUGGCCGUGACAUCGAUAACAUCGUCAGGCAGCGAAUAAACGCUCUUGAAAAGAGCCCAAAGGUGGUCAGAUCGACCGCGUUGAUCAUAAAGAGCUCAAAAGUAUCCGCCGAAUCGUUGAAAGCUGGUAAAGAGAUCGCGAAUGAGACGUACAUAUUCCCGGCAACCGAUCCAGGAACGUUCGUCACAACGGUCGUAGAAAGUCCUUCCGACUUUAGCAACGGUAAGAUGAUCUUGCACAGGUCCAACGAGCAGGUAAGCAUACUCGCUCGUCGGGAGCAUGAGAUAUCGUGGCACGGCACGACUACGAUGACGAGAAGGGUGAACGGUUGCGUUUCCACGCCGAGAAAUGACGUCGAAGACAUUAGAAACGGAGUCAGAAUCACGAAAUCUCAGGAAAGGACAGUCGGCCAACACGAGGGCGAAGCAAACGACUACUACUUUAGGGAUUCUUUCGAUCAUUCUUCGUCGGAAAGUCAGCUACUGGAUUCAAGCGGUAAACCGCACAGUCGUUCGGUAACGCCUGUACCGAAAAUGCAGAAACUUCAAAAUUCGAAAUUGUGUCUUCAACAACAGCAACAACAACGGCAUCAACAAUCGCAAUCGCAGCAACAUCAGCAUCAACGGCAAUCAUCUAGUCAGCGUUACGAUAGCAGAUUGAAGUACAAAAGUUUUCGAAUAGCGAGGCUUUUCAUUCCAGCUUUUAUGCUUACGAUUACAGUUCUGUUCAUUGUGAUCGUCCUGGUGUUCGAAACAGACACGACGCUUUUCAAUAGCCUGCGCAAGACGCCAGAAAUGGUGGCCUUAAAGAACCAAUAUUAUGUCCCUAUCAAGGAGUUUUUGAGGACAAAGCUCGGCCUAUUUUGAUGCGACCUGACGAUGACCGGGCUAAGGUCGUCCUUUGUCGCUAAUUAGCUCCCUUCAGUGCCAAGUCGAGAAGAUGCUCUUGCCGAAAAUCAAGAAACGAGCGAGUUUCAAAUGCCGUUUCACCGUCGCGCGCGUUCUUAUUUCUUCUACCGAAAUACGAGGAACUUCAUUUCUCUUGCGUUUCUACUCGAAAGUAUACUUAGGUGUAUUAAUAACAAACGUUAUUUGUGACUAAAACUGGUACCUUCGAUUUAUUCAUUCUUUAUUUUCAACUACUUAACAUCUUUAGGGGUGAAUUUAUUGAUCGUUGCAAUACUAAGGGAUUAUGUUUUCUAGGUUGCGUGCAAUUUUGUAAAUUAUUUUAAAACGAUGUUUAUAGUAUUUGAAUCGAAUUUAUUUAAUAACGAUGAAUGAAAGUCAUUAUUUAGCGAAUCAUGAAGAUUGUAUUCGUAAUCAAUUACGAAAGUAGGUCAUUUACAAGUACAUUUUGAAUUAAGUAAUAGAAGAUGAGAAGAAAUAUUAGCUAGCUUAUUGCACAAGACACCUUCACAUUCCAUUCAACAUGAAAUGUAUCAUUUAAACUUCGAUUUUUAAUUAUUAAGCCGUCUUGUCAUCGGGAUCACUGUAUUUUCUAUUGUAUAAAAGUUUCAUAUUUUUUAAGAAGCUUGAAAUUGUUGAAUAAACGCUUAAGAUGUCAUUUAAUUCGCUUCGAUUACUGUUCUUUACUCACCAUGUAUUCAUUAAAUCAAGUAGUCAAUAUCCAUGGUUAUCCAGUGCAUUUUUUACUUAAUUAGAAAUAUCAAUUAUUUAGUUAAUAAUUGAGAACUAUAGUUUAUUUAAUUACACGCAUUUAUAAAAUAUUAGAAAAUACAGUGAUCAGUUUAAACAUAUAUAUCAAAUUCAGCACGUGCAAUUUUUAAUAUUCCAUGAUUUAUUUUCAUUAAGUAGGUAGCAAACGUUUGUGGCAAUACUUCAAUGUAUCGUAGAUACAGUUGUAUCUAAAAAACGAUAUUUAAUCAACGUCUAUAGAUCAAUUUGUUAUAUUUUUAUUCUAAUAUUACUGUGAUGGAUAUUUUCUAUGAAGUAUUAAUUAAGAAAAAAACAAUAUACUUCCUAAUAUUUUGUGUUUGGCAUGCGACAAACACAUACAAACAAAUCAGUGCUUAUCAUGAUAUCAAAUCUGCUACAAUCAUUUUUCAUCUAAACAUGUUUAAUAAUUCCAUAGAUGUAUGCAAAAAAUUCUGUAUGUACAGUAGGAUGAUUCGCCUAACAUUAAAAUAUAAAAUUUAUUUCUGUUCUCAGAAAAUAUCCAAGAGGAGCAAUAUUGGUUUAUUCCAAAAUAGUCGAAAAUAAUUUUAAUGUUACUUUAGAUUUUAAUGUUAAGUGACUCUUCCUGUAUAUAAGUCGUAAAGAUUGGUCUUAUAAGAUUGAUCUGAAAACCAUUGGAUUGCUUCCACAAAUUAUACAGUAAAACUUUAGAAAAUUUAUCGAGCAGAGUAAUCUAUUAUAGAUUUAAGUAUGCCUAAAAUAGAAUCGAUCUGUUUUUUAUAUUGAAUACGUAAGGACUGAUCGGUGAACAUGAUGGAGCGAAUUCAACAUCCACACUGUUACACAAAUUACAAGGCAAACAUCACUCUCUGAAUGUAAUUAAUGAUAAAACAAAAUGUCGCAUGGCCUAUAACGUCGCUGAAGGAAAAGAAAAGUAAUAUUCCCUCGAUGAAUCUUUUUUUAAACUAAACAUAUGGAUGUAAAAAGUAUUUUAUCACUAAGAAAUUACAAAAAAUUGAAAAAACCAAAUAUGUGAAAUAUAUUUUACGUAUAAAUAGGCCGAUCGAGAACUACAUCAUUAUCACUAUUAUUAUUAUUAUUAUUAGAAAUCUUGAAAAGUCAACGAAAAGCAAUUAUUUGAUAGUUGAUCGUAUAUUGUAGAGAAUUUUAACGUGUAAGAAGAUCAAUGUAGAAAAUUGUUUUGCAAGAAAUUAAGGGAAAAAAGAAAUCAUAGAUGAUGCACCUUUUUUCAAUUUAGAACAUUAAAGUCAUUUAAAAACUUAACGAUUGCACGUCGUACGUAUGUAUUUAAUGAUAGCUGUUUAUACGUAAAAAUCUUGUAAGCUAACAUUUUUGAUUGUUAAAAAUUGUUUGAAAAAAAGGGAACGGAACGUUUUGCGACUAUUUGUAACAGAUGAAACUUCUUACACUUUGCAAUAACAAGCGAGAAAGGGUGAAUUUUAGAUAAGCCACAAUUGAAAAAUGAAUGUUAACAAAGCAAACGCCAAUGUCGGUUAUUCUUGCAUUUCCAUUUCUCGCCCAUUUUUCUGAAAGUGCCUAUGCUAUUCUAAAACUCUUUUCAAACGCCAUAUUUCGCUAAGUUUUCGGCACACGUUUGUAUCGUCUCUGUAAAUUCAUUAAGCCUGAAUUAGAUUUACAUAAUUUUGUCUGCAAAUAUACUAAAGUUAUUUUAUGUAAAUUACUUUUAACAUUCAUCAGGGUCUGACCUCUGAUAAUGAUUUACCCCUGAAAAAUGUUUGCAGACAUACGUAGCUGUAAGUCUGGUCUAGGCUUCUGAGGAAACCAAAAGUACAUACACACACACAGGACACACGUAUAUAAAUACGUGCAUUAAACAGAGACAGAUAAUCAUGUGCACAUAACGAAUAAAUGUAAUAAUGUUAUCAUUUGCAUGAAACUAAUGUGUGUGUUCGUGUGAUGCUCUUUCGAAGCAAGAGCGUUUUACUCGUCUACGAAGGAGGAAUAUUAAAACGCGAAAUUGUUUCUUAAGGAGGUUAUAUCUGUUCGAGUUGCAGGAACGGUUCUAAGAGAUUAGAAUGGUAUCCUCGCGAAUUAUCUGAACCGGCUAGAAAGAGACUUCGAAUGGUGAUGCGCUCGAUUUACAUAAACAAACGAAUGUCAAUUGCGAUUAUAUACCAUAACUUUAGGUUAAAAAUUAAGGGGCGUCGAGACCAUUCGAUACAACAUUUCUAGGUGAUAAAACAAAAUGACAAAACGAAAAAAAUAAACCAUACGAGCUUUCGGAACUGUCUUGUAACACAGAGGUGAUCAAAUUGGAGAAUCGGUUAAGGUUGCUGGGAAAUAAAUGGCCGAUCAUAUAAAUUUCAAAAUUUUCUUCAGUUAACUAAAUCGAUGGGUUAAAUCGACUCAUUUAUUUUCCAGCAAUCUAAUAAAUAGGCUUUCAGAGCAAGCAAGCUGAGCUCUUAAUAUGCAUGACAAGUUUAAAUGACCUGCUUGGCGUUUCUACGAUCGUUUUGUAUUCUUACCGGAUUUUUAAAACUUCCGACAACGUUUUUUCAAAUAACGUCAAAUUAAGUGGUAAUUAAAUCUUCUAUGCUGUACAAAGAAAUUAAUACAAUCAGUGAUGAUGAAUGAUGGAGUAUGUUGAAGACAGAAUAACGAUGGAACGACAUUGAAGAAAAUUGUAUUUCACGUCGAUGCUAUGAAACUCACCGAAAAUGUAUAAAUAAUAAAUGUCUGAAUUUCCCAUU